AUGUUCCAAGGAUCUGUGUCGAUUCGCUCCACUACUAUAACCGCAGACCACGAUGAACUAAAGGAAUACUUAGCAAAUUUGAACGAAGAUCUCGCCAGAUGUGAGGUUGAGCAUGAUCUAUCCAUCUGCCAAGACCCUUUGAUAUAUUACGACGACAAACUGAAUUCAGAAAUUCAGCUCUCUGAAUCAAGCAAGAAAAGCAGGAGACACAAAAGGCGAGCACGAGAGCAUCGGAUGUCCAAAUUCUACAACAAAAUUAGAGAGAGUUUAGUGGUACCAUUUAAGAAGCAGGUCAAAGAGUACCCUUCGGACAAUAUCGAGCCAAACUUUGAGCAGGAUGUUGUCGAAAAGACAGAACCCCAACAAGACGGAUACCAAGGGUAUACUGUGCCAAAUAAUUCCGGGUCACUUUUGCGCCAUGACGUGAGCAGAGCAAGCAGAGCUAGUAGACGGAGUGGAGAAUCCGUUGGCGUUUCUCAAAGACGAUCUUUAUCCAGGUACAGUUCGGUUAUACGGUACCCGUCGUCAGUUAUCGAAGUGUAUAUUGGAGGAGAUCUCUUUGAUAAUCACCAAGAUCUUUGCAGGCAAUACAGUAUAGCACGAGCCCGCUCAACUAACGGGAGCGAUGAUAAUUACUCGAUGGCUUCAUUGGUGAUUCCCGGGUCCCAGGCUGUGGCAAUUCGGAGAGAUUCCAUUUUGGUGGCGAACGCAGCCAGUCGUCGUGGUAGCAGGUUGUACAGUAGUGUUUCCAGACGACUAGCUGACAUCGAGCAAGGAUCAGGAAGCACUUCUGAGAAAAGUGAGCCAAAUCAGCAAGAUCAGCAAGAAGAGAUAUCGUCUAACGGUGUUUACUCGUUCAUUUCCGAAACUACAACAGAAAUAGACGAUCAAGAACAGUCUCCAAAUCAAGGACUUGAUCGAGCAAGCUCAAUGUCUACCGACACACUAGAUCAUAGUGCCGAGCUCACCAAUAUUUUGUCGAGCGGGAACGAAGAUCACUUUACGGGCUCAAACCUCGAAUUCUCGGGCCGCGAAGAUGACGACGACGACCAAAGCUCUUUUUACUCAAUUUUACAGUCACCGCCCCAUUUUCACCAAUAA